AGUCGCAGCGACGCAGCGGUCUGUGCCGGCGAGGACUGCGUAAUCCAGCAUGGCGGACGAGACGGUGCUGCUGCGAGUGAGCCAGGGCGAGCUGCGCGGACGGCGCAGGCGCACCGCCUGGGGGUUCCCCUACGUCUCCUUCCAGGGAAUCCCCUACGCCCAGCCACCGGUCGGGCCUCUUCGCUUCAAACCCCCACAACCUGCUGGCGCCUGGACAGGCGUAUUUGAUGCCACCAAACAGGGGAACGUCGAGUCACAGCUGAACAUCAGCACAGGCAAAUACGAGGGGGAGGAGGACUGCCUCUUCAUCAAUGUCUUCACUCCCAAGCUACCUUCAGAAGGGGCCCGUGGCCUACCCGUCAUGUUCUUGAUACACGGAGGUGGACUGUCUGCCUUCUCGGGCAAUGAAGAGUGGUUCGGGCCAGAUCUGCUCAUUCAGCAUGGCAUCGUCAUGGUCACGUUCAACUACCGGCUAGGGGUGCUUGGCUUCCUGAGUACAGGGGACGACGUGGUUCCUGGUAACAUGGGCUUCAAGGACCAGGUGUUGGCGCUGCACUGGGUUCGGGACAACAUCUCCAGCUUCGGAGGCGACCCCGACAACGUCACCAUCUUCGGGUGCAGCGCUGGCGGCUGGUCCACCCACGCCCUCGUCCUCUCUCCAAUGGCAAAGGGUCUGUUCCGGAGAGCCAUCGCCCAGAGUGGAGUGGCGACCGGAGAUGGGGCGUUCACGAAAGACGUGCGUGCGAGGUCCUUCUUACUGGGAGAGCACCUCGGCCUGAAGACGCAGGACUCCAAGGAGCUGGUGGAGUUCCUCAGGAAGCAGCCUGACAGGCUACUGCAGGAGAGCGCCCUAUUCGGCCGUACAGAAGAGGACAAGGCCCGCAGCUGGAUCUUCCCGUUCGUGGGCACCCUGGAGCCCCCAGACGCCGAGGGCGGAGCCUUCAUGACGCGCCACCCCACAGACAUCAUGCUCAGCGGGGACUUCCAGCCAGUUCCGUUCAUCGUCGGCGUCUGCGACUUCGAAGGAUCGGUCACCGCCACAGUGGCGAUGCUGGAGAGGGAGAUGGUGUCUAGAGUGGCGCGCUGCCCCCGCCUGCUCCUGCCUGGCGACCUGCGCUGCAGUGAAGCCGAGAAGGAUACCGUGGCUGAGGAGGUCCGCCGCUUCUACUUCGGCGACCGCCAGAUCGGGCCCGAGACCGAGAAACAGUUUUAUGACCUGUAUGGAGAUAGGACGUUCACCUGUGCUGCAGUCAGGGCAGCCAAAGUGCACAGUGCCAAGUCUUCCCAGCCAGUCUACUUCUACAACUUCGACAUCCAGCGAGAGCUUGUUCCACAAGGACCUCUUAUGGCCCAGUUGGCGCAGUCCAUGGAUAAACUCAAAGGAACCGGUCAUGGAGCAGAUAUGGCGUUCUUGUUCCGCAACAUCAUGUUUGGAGAACCGCCAGAGAAGGAUUCCGAGGACGGGAAAAUUGCCAUGAAGAUGACUCGCCUGUGGACCAACUUCGCCAAGACUGGGCAACCGACAGAUCCUGAGCUGGACGUCUCGUGGCCGGCGUUCACGGUGGACGACCCCGCCUACCUGUACGUAGGGCGGCAGGGGUUCAUCGUGGAGCGGCGGCCCUUCGCCGAAAGGGCGGCGUUCUGGGAGGCCCUGUACCAGCGCUACGGCGGCUAGGGACAGCACACAGCGCCCCCACCCUGCAGCGAGUAGCAGUGCCCUCUUCCAACACUCUCAGCUCUCUCCGCAUGUUAUCCACGUCAGUAGAUAGUUAAUGCACCUUCUGGAACACGUUGAGGACGUAUAUAUAUGCAGCGCGGACGCUUAACGCCAUCUCACCGUACCCAUCUGAGUCAUCACGCUCUGGCAGUUGUCCAAGGUCAGACAGCUGGCCAGAUGAAUCGGUUACGUACGCACACACACACACACACACAAACAACAACAAAACACGUGUGAAUCAGCAUAUUUUGCAUGUUGUAACUGAGCAAUGACUGUGGUUAUUUUAUUUCUUCAAAUUAAUCCAGCUGUUGUGUGAAUUGCUGAAUCAGAGCCAUUUUACCAAAGUUUUGUUUCCUUUUUUGCGUAUGAGUUUUUCAACAAGAUAUGCCGAUGGAUAUUUGGUUUUUGUAGCUAUGCAGCGUAGAAAGCUCCAGCUAUGGUCUGAGACUUGUAAUCUUCGAGGAAAUACGUUCUUGCGUUAGUUUCUUGUACCUUACGUAUUCUGAAAAUUUCCAUGGACCAAUUUGCAGUGUAUCCUUUGUCAAAGACAACCUUCUGUUUACUAAUUCUGACAAUCACCAAUUUUGAAUAUCGACCGGUGUGGAUCAAUCAUUUUGAUUUUAUUGUACACAGUGUAUGGAAGACUAUCAUGUUUUACGUCCACUGGCCGUGUUUUAAUUGUCCUGUAUUUUGUGUGAUUAUAUUGCUUUACUAAUCCGUGUACAAUAUAUUUUUACAACGUUAUCAAGAGAAAUUUCUGCAUACAACUUGAAAAAUGACAAUGACAAUUCAACGAAAAAAAAAAAAAGGAUUUGAGUAUCGGUAAAAAUUAGCUACAAUAAAACGCUAGGUCGGUGUCAAAUAAUAAAGAGCAAUGUGACUAUAGAUUUCAAAAUCCCUCAUAACAUAGGUUCAGUUUUAAGUUUUGCAGAAACUGUGAUUGCUAAAGAAACCUUGAAGACUGCAGAACAUCCAGUUAAUAUUCAGAAUGUUAACGUCUUAUGCGUUGAGUGUAACAUCUCAGGUGGAUCAUUUCACAGUGGUGAUCCUACACACACUUUGCAUCACUUUUGGCCAACAGUUGCACCGGGAUAUAAGAUAGUGGAGACACCAAACUCGCCCAUUUACAUGCCAGUAGUUGCAAGAUACGUUUCAGAAUUAACUGUAGCAAUCAAAGAUCAAAACGGAAAUCUUGGUAAUUUUGACGGUGAAAACAUUACUCUUCAUCUACACUUACGAAAAAUACGAUAAAAAAUGGAUAUUGUGUACAAACAAGAUGUUCGCUUAACCAAAGACACCAGAUGCAUUUACACUGUAAAGUAUAACAAAAAUAACAAGAAACGAAAAGCAAAGAAAAGGAAAGUGAAAAAUGUUUUAACUCAUCAUAAUAGACAAAUAUUAUCAUCACUAGGAUACAGAGUGCUAUAAAUACAGACGCCAUCCUCUUCACGUCUUUUUUAGUUUCACAGUGAACUAAAACAAUAACAACAACAGACAGGGAAAGAUAUUUAAGAAGGAUGUACAAUAUAAGAGGAAAAAUACUCGUCGACGGCUCUGUUACUCGCCUUCAGUAUCAUAAGUAUAAACCUUUUGGUCAACCAGCUUUUGCUCCAAACGAUUACAUAUCACUUGUUAUACUAAGUGAAAACACUUACCUGUUACCUUCUGUGAGCCGGUUGUGUAUUGAAAGACGGCUUCUUAAUGCAGAGGGACAAGGGAAAUCUAGCGAUACUGAGUUAACUAAAAACUGUGCACUUUACCUGUUUUCAGACAUUCAGUACCGUCUCAAUAACCAAAUUAUUGAUCAUGUGCGUAAUCCAGGAAUUGCAACAUUAAUGAAAGGGUAUGUUUCGUUUACAGCAUGUGAAGCUAAUGCUUUGCAAAAUGCUGGCUGGGGCACAAUAGAUGAUUUGAAAAAACUAGUCGAUGGUGAUGGACGUUUCAAUUUUUGCAUCCCACUGAAAAUGAUAUUGGGCUUUGCAGAGGAUUAUAAAAAGAAUACUUUAAAUUCUGUCAUCAACUGGAGCUGAUCUGUAACAGACAAGAUGUUAACUGUAUUAUCACAGAUAAAGCAGAUACCAAGUCAAAAGUAGUGUUGGAGAAAAUUUAUUGGGAGAUGCCACACGUUCAAGUGCCCGAAAGGCAACAAAUAUCACUGUGGAACAUUUUAAAAAAAGAUGUCAGUCUAAGUGUGGAGUUUCAUCACUGGGACCUGACUAGGUGUAUUGCACCAGAAAUUAGCUCAUGGACAUGGCAAAUUAAAUUUAAUACAGCUCUUGAAACAGCCAGGUGUGUAUUAAUGGCUUUUCAGUCAAACAGAAAUUCGAUUACUACUGAUUCAAGUGUGUUUGACAAAAUAAACAUAUCAGAUUUUAAGUUGUAUUUAAAUUCUUCUAAAUUCCCAGAGGAGAACUUUGCAAUUGACUUUGCAGCGAAAAAUACUGCACAAGCAUUUGAAAUGUACUCUGAUUUUCAAUCAUUGUAGCCUAUUAUGGAGUGAGUGAUAUAAGAAGAAGAGGAAACCCACUCCUGAACUGUACUGAGUUUGAGAACUGCCCGAUAUUUUUCAUUGACUGUUCACAUCAAGAUGAAACACUCAAGUCUUCCAUUGUUGACAUGAAGAUUGAAAUAAAAACAAAAAAACAUAUCUGAAAAAUACAAUAGCUUACUGCCUGGUCAUUCAUGAUUCGAUAAUAGAAAGGACUCCAUCAAUCAAUCAGGUCACAAACCGUACUCAGAUAUAAAAACAGUGUUGAGUAAGACCUCCACUUCAUUUGCUAACAUUCCAUUGCUCCUGUAGCUGAGGGGAUUAAAGCAAAAGAAAAUGAAUAAAGUUAUGACUGUUGAUGCUAAAUCAGACAAACAUCCAGUGAGAGUGUUAGUUGCUAAUUUAAGUGUUGGAAGCUGUGAACACUUAAGUCUCUUUCAGUGCAUUACACUCUUUAUUUCACUCAUUGCUAAAAUAUAACAAUAAUUGUAAAACAUUGAUGUUUUCAAAACUUUUACUGUGCCCAUAUGUCCAAAAUAUUCUGGAACAAAUUCUACCUGAAGGUAUUGAAAUGCUGCAAUUGGAAGACUACAAAUUCGACUGUGCUGCUGCUGCUGCUGCUAAUGCUGCUGCUGCUGCUGCUGCUGAAGAUGAUGAUAAUACUUGCUUCUUGUUCGAGUGGAUUAAAUCGAAAAAUGUUUGUGAAUUGCUUUCUGGAAUUUAUAAGAAACUUAUGGAAGAAGAGUAUAAAAAUGUGAAUGCUAUUGACUAUUACUUGUUUCCUAAACAACUGUUUCCUUCUUUAUUUGACAUUUCACAUGACUUCCAUAGGUUACCACAAGUGUUUCAGAAUGAUGUUUUUAUUUCUAAGUACCAAUAUUGUUCUAAGCAUCAUGAUCUGAGUGCACAUUGUCAGUUUGAUGGUCCACCUCCUAUAAAAAUGUAUUGCAGAGGUUGCUUAGUGGAAUUUUUAGAUGAAAUAGAAUAAAAUAAAUCUAUUAUAUAUCUUUAUUAUUAUAUAAUGUAUUAUAUGCUUAUAAUUUUUUCACAAUAAAUCAGUU